UGAAAAUAUCCAGCAACCUCGUGGCACAACCACGUGGCAACAAACAGCACUUGGAAUCUCUGUUCUCCUUGUGUGGCAAUGGCAGGCAAAAGAAAGAGAAGUGACAAGCCAGCAGGCUCAUCAGAGAAGAAGGCAAAACUCCAAAACCCAUCUGCACAAAAACGAAAGACAUCCAGUACUGUAGGUACUGUGAAGCUGGAUGAUGGAGAGAGUACACCAUUUCCUCGUGGGGGGCAGGAGAGUUUGACCCCUCUCGAGAAGAGGGUCAUCCAUCAACAAGUCAAACAAGACGUCUUGUUCAAUGAGGGUGGAGAUGAAGAGAAAGAUCCUGUAGAUAAAGCCCCAUCAAAGAAGCGGGCCAAACUUUCAGCUGGUGAGUCAGACUCGUCACAAGGGAAACCUGGCAAAUUUCUCAACAUUAUGACUGCAAAGAAGCUGCUCCCGGGAGUGGUCAUCCUGGGUGCUGUGUUGGAGGUGCAUGAGUUCGAGGUCAUAGUCUCCCUACCCUUCAACCUGAGGGGCAGUGUUGCCGUUAGUGAUAUCUCCGACCAGCUGUCACAGCGACUGGCCACUGAGGCGGAAAGACUUGAGCUCGAGGAGGAGAGUGAGGGUGCUCCCGGCACACCUCCCUCUUUGUCUGCCCUGUUUGCUCGGGGGCAGCUGCUGACGUGUUAUGUUCUGACCGUGGACGGAGGGAGGGUCUCUCUCUCACUCAACCCUCGGCUAGUCAAUGCUCCCCUCACUCAGGGAGAUAUUAAACCAGGAAUAAUUCUCCCUGGUUCGGUGAAGAGCAUUGAAGAUCAUGGCUACAUCAUAGACUUCAGUGUUGAGGGCAAGACAGGUUUCCUGCUCAAGAAGAACGCUAUGGAGGUUGUCAAAGGGAAGGGAAAGUCCCUCAGUUUGGGGCAGGUGGUGGGGUGUCUUGUAUUGCAAGGAGCCGACGCUAGGGCCGUUCCAGUUAGUGUUAACCCCACACAAGUGAACGGGUCUUUGUUGUCAGGGGAUACACUGAUUGGAGUCAAUGCUCUGUUGCCUGGAGUCCUGGUCAAUUCUGCUGUCAAAGAGGUUGGGCUCAAUGGUUUGAUGAUGUCAUUCCUGGGAGGUCUUGAGGGAACUGUGAGCACACGCCAUCUCCAGAACCCGGGUGAACUCACCACUGACAAAUACCACCUCAAGAAGAAGUUCAAAGCGAGGAUUCUCUGGGUUGAUAUGGCAACCAAGACAGCUGGACUCACAUUACAAAAGCAGAUUGUAUCUGGCAGCUCAUUUGCAUUUAAAGGUCUAGAAGUGGGAGACAAAUUUGGAGCUGCCAAAGUCGUUCACAUUGAUCGCUCGAAAGGACUAUAUUUAGAACUCGGCAGUGACAUAAUUGGGUACGCCCCUUCCUGGAUGCUUGUUGACGAGAAGGACAAAACGGCACAAGAGCUCACCAAAUCGACCCAUCGCACUGGCACCAUACACACUUGCCGUCUCGUCCAGUUUAACCUGCUUGACGGGUGCCCCAUCGUCAGCCUCCAGCCGUCGGUCAUUGAGAAGCCUUACAUGCGGUACUCUGACCUCUCUGUGGGUGAGGCCGUGGAAGGGAAAGUGGAACGAUUCGGAGAGUUUGGAAUGAUUGUCGGUCUAACUGACAUGAUUCGUGGCUUGUGUACGCGGACACACCUCUCUGACACCCGGGCAAUUAUGAAACAGCCUCGUAAGAAGUACAAGGAAGGGUCAAAGGUCAAAGCUCGUGUAUUGUCUGUGGACCCAAUGCAGAAUCGUCUGUUACUGACAUGUAAGAAGAGUCUAAUUCGCGACAGCUGUGAGCCGCUAACAUGCUACACACAGGCCAUGCCUGGAGAGGUGAGACAGGGGGUGAUCUCGUCGGUGCGUGAUUUCGGUUGUAUUGUGGGUUUCUUUAACGGAGUAAGGGGAAUUGUGUUGAAGUCGGAGCUUGGACUAGACAAAUCUGUGCCAGAUAUCUCCUCUAUUUUAUGGCCUGGCCAGCCGGUCGAGUGUCGUGUGUUAGAGUGUGAUGCAGACAAACAGAGGCUGCUGCUGUCUCUACGAGUGGACAAUUUGGCAGCUGUCAGCGUUGCCGGGGGUGCUAGUGUGAAGGUGGAGGGUUUCGUGAAUGCUGAGGUGACUGGCAUUGCGUCCAAUGGAAUUAAUCUAAAGUGUUGUGUUACCGGCGAAGUGUUGUUCCUGUCCACCCUCCAUCUGUCUGACCACACCCAUCAUUGUGCACACCUCUUGAGCAUACAUCAGGCGCACUUGGAGAAAUGCGUCAAGAAAGGCAAGCCAUACAUACUGGAAGGUCUUCUAGUGCUGAGUGAGAGAGCCACCUACAAACCUGCUCAAGUCACUCUCAAGAGAACUCUGGCUAGGCACUCACAAGACACUGGCUUCAUCAAGGAGCUCACUGCCUUCAAGGUUGGAACGAUACAGCCAGGGGUAGUGAAGAAGCUGAUGCCGUACGGGUGCUUCAUUGAAUUCCCCCACCAGCUGUCUGGGUUAGCCCCUACCAAGUACCUCACUAACGAGUUUGUGUCCGGCCCCGCUGGCCUCUACCAGGAGAUGCAAACAGUUUGGAGCAAAGUGAUGCAGGUUGACGAUGUGAAUGGAAAGCUUCUCUUGUCCCUCCGACCUUCUGACUUAAAGUCUUCAAACACACUUGAAGAAGAAGAACUCGCUGACAAACUUUUAGCUUUGCUUAGAGAAUUUGUCGAAGAAAGAGAUGUAAUCGUCAUGGAGUUGGUCAAGUCUGCAGGAAGUAUGGGAAGUUCUCUCUCGGCUCUUGCAAAAGCUUUUGUUCCUGGUAGCACUGUGACAGGUCAUGUGACCUCAGUGGGAGAUCAUGUGACAAUUGAUGUUGGGAAUGGUGUUACUGGUAGAGCAAGUGCCCAAACAGCAAAUGGUAUCACCGUGGAUACAAGAGCUGUGGUCACAGGCACUGUGUUGGACAUAGACCUGGUUGAAUGCUGUCUAGUGGUCUCUCUAAACCAGGGGUUACUACUACCCACCCACGGCCGAGUGCUGAGGUCAGCCAGUAAGAGUAAGAGGAAGAGUAUUGCAAGUGAGAUAGUCGAGCCAAAGGAAGCUACUGUCGAGUACAAGACCACAUCUCACUUUAUCCUCUCAUAUGACAAGGCAGCUGGUCGUGCACUAGCGUAUGGAGUCAUGGACUCAGGUCAGAUUGGAGUCUUGCCCACCUAUUUCAAGGAUAUCAAGAUUGGGCAGAAGGUCUCCACAACUACCCUCUCAAGAGCUGAAGGUAGUGGUGGUUCUCUGCCAGUCCUGCUCAUGAAGGAGCCCUCGAUGGCGGUCAGUGGAGGAGGAGGAGAGUCGGUGUACAACAUCAAGGCCGGUGACAUCAUCAAUGUCAAAGUGCACUCCAUGAAGGCGACCCAAGUGGAUGUGCGCUACCACCUCAUGAAGGGCAGAAUACACGUCACACUCUGUGAGAACGUGGAGAAGGAUUGUGAUGAUGUCAUUGUGACAUCACCAAGAAAAAAGGGCAUGUCCGUGCUGAGGGGGAUAAAGGUUGGGGACCAGCUACAAGCCAGAGUGAUCAAAAUCAAGGCACGUCAGAUUGAAGGGUUGGUCACUAGAAAGGGUGCAACUUUAGAAGUGCUGGAGCUGACAACUAAACCCAGUUUGAUGGACCCUGCUGUGGAAGUGGAUGGUGACAGUUUACUGAAGAAGAGCUACUCUGUAGGGGAAGAGGUUGCUGCAGUUAUCACACAGGUGAAAGACAGUGGCCUCCAGGUGGCUCUCAAUCCGAGGACAGAGGGCUUUGUCCCUGUGUUACUCACCUCCAAGUGUCCCGAUGAAGUGAUGGCUCUCAAGAGUCACUUCAGUCGAGGCCAGGCUGUCAGGUGCACUGUGUUGGGCUGUGAGUCGGGCAAGGGCCACCUGCACAAUCUCUCCAUGAUAGGUGUUAUUGAUCCAAGUGUUGAACCGAGCGAUAAGUGCGUGGUAUUGGGUCGGGUGAAUCAGGUGAUCCCCGGACAGGCUCUGCUGGUCUCUACACCUGUUGGUAACGGUAGAGUGGACAUCACGGACCUCUCUGACAGUUACGUAAACGACCCUCUUAAUGCAGUAGCAGGCAAGGGAGAAUUUGUUAGGUGCUGUUUGGUGGGCAGAGCAGAAAACAAACUGGACUUCUCAAUGAGAGCCUCAAGGACGGGGGCGGAGGAGGUGGAGUCUGAUGGAGGCAGUAAAGAGUGUGAAGUUGACCCAGAAAUUGAGUCGAUAUCAGACUUAAGCAAAAACCAGUUGCUCCGUGGAUACAUUAAAGCCGUUACCGACGUGGGUAUCUUUGUCAGACUUGGUCGCAGUGUGGAUGGUCGGGUAAAGAUCACUCACCUCUCAGACGGCUUUAUCAAAAACUUUAAGAAGCAGUUCACCUUGGGCAAACUGGUCAAAGCCAAGGUACUGAAUAUUGAUGCUGCUAACAACAAGGUGGACCUCUCCAUGCGUCUCUCUCAUGUGGACCCGAAGGCAGCAAAGAAACUACGGAAGAAACAGGAGAAAGAAAUUAGCAAGAAAAGAAAAAAGACAACAGAAAAAAUGGUUACUAGUGAUGGAGAGAGCAUUGAACUUGAGAGUGCUGAAUCAAGCUCUGAGGACGAGCUGGUUGCAGACGACUCUGACAGUGAAGAGUCUGAAGUCGAAGGUGUGUCUAGUGAUGAAAAUGACGAGGGUCAAAGUUCAGUGACUGAGGAUAAACCCACCCUCCGACUCAGUGGUGGGUUCCAGUGGGGCGUGGGUGUGGUUAAGAGUGGCGAGGACGCCGCUGAAAAAAGCAGUGAGAGUGAGGUGGAAGAGAAAGAGACUGCUCCCAAAAAGACGAAGCGCCAGAAGAAAGCUGCCCUGAAAGCAGAGGAGGCCCACCUUUACCAGACCGAGCAAGCCUGCCUCACUGAGAGUAAGGAACCAGAAGGACCUGAUGAUUUUGACCGCCUUGUACUGGCUAGUCCCAAUGACUCAGCUCUGUGGGUCAAGUAUAUGUCUUUCUUCCUUCACACCACUGAAGUGGACAAAGCCAGGAGCAUUGCACAGAGGGCCCUCAAGACUAUUGGGUUUAGAGAAGAAAAGGAGAAACUGAAUGUGUGGGUGGGCUGGAUGAACCUGGAAAAUCUGUACGGAAGUCAAGAGUCCCUUGUAAAAGUGUUUGAGUCAGCUCUCCGGGAAAACGAGCCUCUGGAGGUGUUCACCAGGCUAGUGGCCAUUUAUCAACAGAGCCAAAAAUUUGAUCUUGCGGACCAGCUGUACCAGUCCAUGACUAAGAGGUUUGGCAAGGACCCACUAGUGUGGACCCAGUACGGAGAGUUCCUUAUGAGAAGAGAGAAAAGGCAGGCUGCCAGGGGACUGCUACAGAGAAGCCUGAAGAGCCUGGCUAGAAAGCAAGAUCACCUGGUGGUGAUACAGAAAUUUGCAAUACUGGAGUUUAAGCAUGGUGAGCCGGAGAGAGCCAUAACCAUGUUUGAGAGUCUUCUCAGCACUUACCCAAGACGUAUUGACAUCUGGUCCACCUACAUCGACCAAUUGAUUAAACUGGGAGACGCUGAACCAGUCAGGAGUCUGUUCGAGCGAGUGAUUCAUCUAAGUGUGUCAGUGCAGAAAAUGAAGUUCUUCUUCAAGCGCUAUCUGGAGUUUGAGGACAAGUAUGGAUCAGCUGGCAGUGUAGAAGAGGUUAAAAUGAAAGCCAGGGAGUAUGUCGAAACUAGGACCAAAAAGAACACUUCAUAAUUAAUGUAUUUUGGCCUAAAUACUCUAAUGGGAACUCAUACAUGUUUACAACCCCAAUUAUCAGUUUUUGUACAUGUAAAACGGUAUUAUCAAAAUACUUUUAUGAAAUUCUA